UUCUCUGCAGCUGUACCAUGUGCAAAAUCUCUUAAUUCUGCUGCUUUUUGAAUGAUCAGCUAUACAUUCCCCCCACUGCUGCAUAUGCUUGCAUUCAUAUGCUUCCUCUUCCUCGUGCCACCAUGUCUGCAGGUCAUGUGACAUCCAGAUGGAGCGCACAAGUGGAGCGGCCAAUGAAAAGCAUUCUCUCUUUAGACAAAUCACUCCCACAGCAGGCUCCCUGCCUGCCUCCGUCUGUGCUUACUGUAUCUUUAAUUACAUCCACGACUAUUUUUAAAUGCACAUCCGCCCACCCCCUCACCAGCUGCACUGCUCUUGUCACCUGUCUACCUGUCUUCCUGUCUCCUUUAAUCCCCAUCAUUAGAUCUUUAAGGUGCUCCAACAAGGCAGCUAAUUUUGUGCAUCUGUCUGUGCUCAGAUGUAUCCUCCUCAACGCUUCUUUGUUUUGUUAUCCUCUGCCUGACAUCCACGUUUAAAUACACAGAUGUUUGUUUCCGUUCCUCCAGUAAAAACCCUGCUCUUCAGCUAGUUAUGACAUUCUUUGCAGGAUGGCGGCACCGCCUGGAUUUGGCAGCAGCCAUAAAUUACUGUUUCAUGUUAGCGGGUUUGCUGGGACAAUAUUUGCACACAUGUCAUGAAUGUUGCUGUAGUUGGCAGAUUAGCAGAUGUAUGCUCAAUGAGGAAUGCCAAACAGGACUUGUAGGAAUUCAGAUGUCAGGAAUGUUAAAUGAAAAUGUUUAAAAUGGAGCCCAUGGAGAAAGGUUACAAUGCACAUCUCAACACAUCCUGCUCAGGUUUUCCUUAGACAUAUUUUCUUGCAUUUUUUAUUAAAUCAAAAUAUGUUCAGCUCUCAAUAUUCUCUCCCUCUUUUUUUUAUCUCCUUUCCUUGUUUCGUUCCCUCCCCUCCUCUCUGCAUCUUCCAAUGACUCACACGCUCCCCCUCCCCCCUGUGUCAUAUGUUUUCACCCCUUCUCCUCCCACCUCUCCGUCCCUCUAUCUCUCACUUGCCCACAUUCACUCACUUUCUCCACCAGGCUUCAAACACACUGCAGGAUGUCUAUAGUGAAUAUUGUUGCCAGGGAGAUCCUGGACUCCAGGGGAAACCCAACUGUGGAAGUAGAUCUGCAUACUGGCAAAGGUCUGUUCAGGGCUGCAGUGCCCAGCGGUGCAUCCACAGGCAUCUAUGAGGCUCUGGAGCUCCGGGAUGGAGACAAGAGUCGCUACAAGGGCAAAGGUGUAACCAAAGCUGUUAGUCACAUUAAUGACACCCUUGGACCUGCUCUUGUUCAGUCUGGGAUCAAUGUGUUGGAGCAGGAUAAACUGGACAACAUGAUGAUUGAAAUGGACGGCACUGAAAACAAAUCUAAGUUUGGGGCCAAUUCUAUUCUCGGAGUAUCACUGGCCAUAUGCAAAGCUGGCGCAGCAGAGAAAGGUGUCCCUCUGUACCGUCACAUUGCUGAUCUGGCAGGAAAUAGAGAUUUGGUUCUCCCAGUUCCUGCUUUUAAUGUGAUCAACGGGGGCUCCCAUGCUGGUAACAGGCUGGCUAUGCAGGAGUUCAUGGUACUUCCUGUAGGGGCGGAGUCUUUUCGUGAUGCACUGCGUGUGGGGGCGGAGCUUUACCAGACACUGAGAGCUGUCAUCAAGGAGAAGUAUGGUCAGGAUGCUACAAAUGUGGGAGAUGAGGGAGGAUUUGCCCCUAAUAUACAAGAGAACAGCGAAGCCCUGGAGCUGAUAAAGACAGCCAUAGAAAAAGCUGGCUUCACAGACAAAGUGGUGAUCGGGAUGGAUGUUGCCGCUUCUGAGUUUUUCAUUGAAGGCAAGUACGACCUGGACUUUAAGUCUCCACCGAACGCUGCCCGCAACAUCAGCGCUGACGAGCUGGCCAGCAUCUACCAGGGCUUCAUUAACAACUACCCAGUGGUGUCUAUCGAGGAUCCUUUUGACCAAGACGACUGGCCUGCUUGGUCACAGUUCACUGCCUCAGUGGGCAUCCAGGUGGUUGGAGACGAUCUGACAGUCACUAACCCACGCAGGAUACAACGAGCUGUGGAGGACAAGGCCUGCAACUGCCUGCUGCUUAAAGUCAACCAGAUUGGCUCUGUGACAGAGGCCAUCAAGGCGUGUAAGCUGGCCCAGGAGAACGGCUGGGGUGUAAUGGUGAGCCACCGCUCAGGAGAAACGGAGGACACCUUUAUUGCUGACCUCGUGGUUGGUCUCUGCACUGGACAGAUCAAGACCGGAGCUCCCUGUCGAUCAGAACGUCUGGCCAAAUACAAUCAGCUCAUGAGGAUUGAGGAAGAGUUGGGUGACCAGGCCCACUUUGCUGGGCAUAACUUCCGCAACCCCAGUGCCCUUUGAGUGCCAGAGCCAUCAGCCCUGGCAAAUAAGAAAGCACACAUACAUAAACAAAUCAAGUUAUAUUUCUCUGACACAUACAGUUAUGAAAUAAUGACACCACAAUCACCAAAUCUCUAAACACACAAACACACACUCAAAUGCAUUAAGACUAAUUAGUUUUCAAUAACUACAAUGCACAGAUAAUGCACUGUAGCUACAGAAUAUUGAUCCAAUGCUUCAGCAAGUGAUUGACUUAAUUGACUAGUGCCAGUUGCAGCAAAGCCUGGAGGAAAAAAGUCAGUGUUUCACCUCGCAGACAAGCACUUCCCCUGAUGCACUUGUUAGUUUCUUUCUCUUUCCUCUGACUGUCUCCUUCUGAGUCAAACUGUUUUGAUCUUUUGUGCCCUGUCGUUUCCUCUUCCUCAUGUUGUUUUUGAUGUGAACACUCAGCAGCUUGCCACGCAAUUGUAUCCGUUACAUUGUCUGUCUGAGAUUAAGCUUAAUAAAGUAAAUAAAUGGAUAUAUGUUAACUGGAA